CACGUGACCGGUAAUGACAACCGUAUUAGCUAAAACAGCGUGCAAAAAAAAAAACCCUGCUCCGCGGAGCGAUAAAGGUAAAUAUAACGGAAGUAUUAUAGGUGGAAAUAAACAUAUAUUUAAAAAUGCGACGUCUGGGCUCGGUUCAGCAGAAGAUACCGUGUGUUUUCCUAACGGAGGUGAAGGAAGAACAGUCCAGAAAACGCGACUGUCAGCAAUUUCAGGUUGUUGCCACUGAAAAUGUGAACCCAGUAGCUCUGGAGGCAAAUAUUGACUGUGCACUGGCCACAGAGAAAUUGGACGGCACCUGCUGUUAUGUCACAGUUUAUAAAGGGCAACCGUACCUUUGGGCUCGACUCGACAGGAAACCCAACAAACAGGCUGAGAAGAGAUUCAAAAAGUAUCAGCAUUCUCACAGGAGCUGUAAAGGUUUCACAUGGAACGUAGAGGAAGACUUCAAGAUGGUUCCAGAGACGUGGAUCCCAGCCCACAGGGUCAAACAUCACAACGGCCAACCAGUACCUGAUGAACAUGGACACAUUCCAGGUUGGGUUCCAGUGGAGAAGGACAACAAGCAGUACUGUUGGCACUCCUCUGUGGUGGAUUAUGAAGUCGGGGCGGCUCUCGUUCUCAGGCCCGGCGCUGAAGAUGAAGACGUGCUGGAAAUCGCAGCGGUCCCGUUGGCCGACCUCCUGGAACAAACGCUAGAGCUCAUCGGAACCAACGUUAACGGAAACCCUUACGGUUUGGGGAGUAAGAAGCAGCCUGUCCACUGCCUGGUGUCACACGGGAGCGUUCGAAUCAGAAACCCUCCUCCAGUGGACUUCCAGCAGCUGUGCUCCUGGUUCCAGGAGAGUCCCGAGGGCCGGGUCGAGGGCAUCGUCUGGCACUGCAAUGACGGCACACUCAUUAAGGUUCAUCGUCACCACCUGGGGCUCAGGUGGCCAGACGGGGAAACCUGCCUGGGCAACAAGCCGGUGGUCCUUCACGUCGACGGGAUGGUCGAUGAGUAUAACAACAGCAAGGACUUGUUCACAUCCUUCUCAAGACUUAACGGACACUGUUUCAAUCAGCUUCAGGACAUCCAGUAUGACCUGUAAAUCCAGCCCGAGAAGAUAAAAAAGUCGUGCUGCGAUGACCCAACAGCUGCUCGAUAUUUCCGCCAGUAAUUCAACACAAGUGAUUUAAAGUUUUCUGUUAAAAGCACUACAUUUGUCUGAAAUACACUGAUGCAGGAUGACGGGUUAUCUCUUUGGAUAGAGAUAUAUGACGUUUAGCUGAAAGUCUUAAUCGGAGUGGUUUACAUCGAGUGAGCAGGAGGGGAUCAAACCUGUGACAUGAGGUAAAUCUUCUGCUCUAAACGGGAACAGUGGGGUGUCUUAUAGGCUGAAAACAGUUUGCUAUUUUCUUUGCAGAAAUGUGUACGGUUUCAGUUUUAAGAAAAAAAAAAAAGACCAACUGGACAUUUUUAGCACUUAAAGUUUCUUAAAUGUUCCUUUUAUUAAAUUGUAAAUACUGCAUGUUACAGCUGUUUCAUUGCUAUGUGAGAAUAAAUGACACAGUAUGUAAAGUU